AUGUCCGCUAUCCAGAACCGCCACUCUUUCGACCCCCUUGCUGAUGCAAGGAUGUCUGAUGAUUAUGAUAAAAAGAAACUAGCAAAGGUCUUUAAGAAGAAGAUUGCCUGCAAUGGUAUUGUAAUUGAGCAUCCAGAAUAUGGAGAAGUAAUUCAGCUACAUGGCGAUCAAUGCAAGAACAUAUGCCAGUUCCUUGUAGAGACUGGACUGGCAAAGGACGACCAGCUGAAGGUUCAUGGGAUUUAA